GAUAUGAAAACACUUUUUAAAACACUUUAAAACACUUUUUAAAAAAAUUCUUUGGACAAAGCGUGGAAACAAGAUUUUAAAUUUUUAAGGAAAGCGAUUUUGAAGGCUUGCAGACACAUUUCACAAGCAUGGGGGGAUAAAUUACUUUCUUUUGGUCUUUCUGUACUAUGCUCAUGUAGGCUACAUGACAGGACAACUUCUCACAUGCGAUAAAUCUCACUGGAUUCCUUAGUUCAAGUGGUAACAUUCACCUUGCUACCUCUUCUAAGUCUUGCUGUUUUUGUAUGGUGAUGGUUCAUGUAUGCACCUCUGUAGCGUAAGUAUCUAAGGCUUGUGUUGGAGGAUAGAUUUGUUGCCUGCAUUUGAGGUGUUAUGAAGACUGUUUCUUUUGGGUUUUUUCUGGGUAAAUUUUCCUGCUCCCUGGAGAAAGAAAAUAAUGCCUUUGAUUUGAAUGCUUUAGAUAUCUCAGUUCCUCGACAUGUGUUAAGACCUUUCUUACUAGAGCUGAUUGUUUCAAAAACUUGGUCUCAGAGUUCCUUCCAUCAAAUCCUUCUCAAAUGAUAUAAAAAAAUAUAACAAAAGAUGCUAUUUGUUUUUCCCAACAUUACUACUCGCUUAUACAUCAGCUUCCUUGUCAUUCUAAAGUUCACUUAAAUGAGACAAGUGAAGUAAAAGAGUCUUUUACUUGACAAGAUCAAAAGUUAACAAUGGCAAAAAAGGAAGAGAAUCAGUCUCUUCAAGCUCUCUGUUCUCCUGUAGUCUGAAAUAAUUUGAACAGUAGCUGUCUUGGAGCACUUAGCUUUUCCUCCAUGUGGGCUGCUCUGCCAGUUGGCACUUCAGUUCAUGUAAGAGGAUUUUUCUGUGUGAAAUAACUUAACGAAAGUUGCCACUACAAGUCCCUGUGUCUAAUCUGUAUUGGCCUAUAAAAAACAAGGUGAGUAGGAAAAUGACUGAAGGAUGCCUACAUAAGUAUACUUAAACAUGGAGACUGCCAGGGAUUGACUGUGGGCAGAUGAUUUGUCCUGCUGGGAUAUUGGCUCAUUAUAAGUGCAGAAAUUGUAAUGGGGGUCUGAGGGUAAAAUGGUUGGAACUAACAAUGCCGAUCUGUUCUGUGUAUUGUGUUCGUUUUUUGUGGGAUUUCUUUGGGUUUUGUUUGUUUGUUGUUUUGUUGGGUGUUAUAAUGCAAUCAGUAUGAGAUUAGGGGUGGUAAAAAUACUGAUUUAGCAUCUCCAUGGUUUCUAAGAAUGUGAUUGAUGCAAUACCAUAUAUCAUCUGCAGUUUAUCAUCUUUAGCUUAAGUAAAGUGAUGCCUGGAAAGACUGACCUGGAACAGAGACUAGACUGAGCAAAAGGGUUAAAAUAAGUAUUUAUUGAAAGGAUACACUUUGGGCAGUGCAAGAGCCCAGCUGGGGCUAUACAGCCUGGGGAGUAACAUCCCUAACUUGCUCUGAAAAAAAGUUGGGGUUCCCCACCUGCAUUCUGUACAUCUAAGACUUAAGUAGACCAAGUCUUAGAUUCUAAUCCUAUGUGACACAAAAAAAUUUGCUAUCAUUUAAUUUUUUUUAAUUUAUUAUGAUACACUUUUUUGAUUUUUCAGAUAUGAGCUGGAAUUCAAAAGGAAUAGUAGAGUUCUCUUUAAAUAAAACAGACUCUUGCAGAAAUGAGGAACAGUAAAAAAACAGUUUUACUUCAGAAAUUUUAGGGUUCAAUGUACAAAUAGUAGUAAAAUGCAGGCAUUUGUAAUUGUUUACUAAAUAUAUUAAAUCUGUGAGAUCAGUGCAAGAGAUACAAACAAGAUACAUGUUGGUUAAAAGCUAAAUAGUUGAGAUGGUUUGAGAUGUUAAUUCACUUUAAAACAUUUUUAAAGGAAGUUGCAUGGAUAUGCAGAUGAUUUCAUGAAGAACAAAAAUUCAGUGCACAAAAAACUCUUAGAAGUUUUAAUUUAUGAAGGGUUUCUGUAUACGAGGGAGACUGAUCUAUUACUAAUACAGAUUACUAAUUUCUGUAGAAAGCAGUAGAUAUAUUUCCUGGUUGUGGUGAAACUGUCUCUUAUCACAGCUUGUGGACAAUAUGGAUUGCUCUUUAUUCUCUAGAAACAUAACACUUCCAAAGUUUUUCUGGUGGUGAAUCUGAGAUAAGUGAAAUGAAUAUUGGCAUAAACUUUGUACCGUGUAUUUUGUCAAUCUACUGCUUAAUCAUUUUUGAGCUAAUCAGCGUGCUAAAACCUAAGAAAAGAUUGGCAAUAUCAACAGAAUGAAUAGGUUAAAUAUAAUGGUACCAAAUGAGGAGAGAGGUACUUUCACAGUGUAGGUAACUUACAGUAAUUUCAGGACUAUAAGGUGCAUCUUAAAUCCUAAAAUUUGAUCAAAACCUGGAAGUGCACCUUAUAAUCUGGUGCGCCUUAUAUAUGGAAAAAGUUUGGAAAUUUACCGUUAACUGACACUGCGCUGCACCUUUCCCAAGCAAAAAUGGGUUGAAGUUGAUUCGCCUACGUUGUUUAGACUACGGGAUUGUUUGGGUGUGGUGAUUUAGAUGAAUCGCAUGUUUCCGACCACGAUAAACCAAUCAGAGAAAAGCUUCUUGCCUACCCGUGGAUGAAAGUGUUACUGAGGGGGGAUGUUAAUGGGGAGAGUGACUUCGAAAUGGCUCCACAAAGGAGACUUGCUUACAAUGCAGAUUUUAAAUUGAAAGCAAUCAACCAUGCAAAAGAACAUGGAAAUAGAUCUGCAACUAGAGAAUUCAACAUUAAUGAGUCCAUGGUGUGCAAGUGGAGAAAGCAAGAAGAUGACCUACGUCUUGCAAAGAAGACAGAGAAACGUUUCCGAGGCAAUAAAGUGAGAUGGCCGCAACUAGAAGACAGACUUGACCGUUGGAUUUCCGAAAAAAAGCAGCUGGCAGAAACUUCUCAACUGUCACCGUUCAGAUAAAAGCCUAAGCGAUGGCAAAUGAAAUGGAUAUCAAUGACUUUAAAGCAGGACCUUCUUGGUGCUUCCGUUUCAUGAAACGAUGGCAGCUCUCUAUCUGUACAAGGAUGAUGGUUUCUCAGCAGUUGCCGGCAGGUUACGAGGAAAAGUUGACCAACUUCCGGAGUUACUGCAAAAGCAAGAUCUCUGAAAAAAAUAUACAGCCAGAGCACAUCAUCAACAUGGACGAAGUACCUUUGAUAUGCCGCUGAACCAAACUGUCAGGAGAACCGGAUCAUCCACGGUAUCAGUUCACACCACAGGAAACAAAAAGGCAUUGUUUACUGUAGUUCCCGGUGUUUUGUCAAAUGGGCAGAAAUUACCCCCAAUGGUAAUUUUUAAAAGAAAAGUGUUGCCUAAAGAAACAUUUCCAUCUGGAAUAAUUGUUGAAGUGAAUCCGAAAGGCUGGAUGGAUGAAGAGAUAAUGAAGAAUUGGCUAUCAGAAGUUUACGUUCGGAGACCGGAUAGAUUUUUUUCAUGCAUCGCUGGCAUUGUUGGUUUAUGACUCCAUGCGUGCCCACAAAACAGAAAGUGUGAAAGCCCUGGUGAAAAAGACAAACUCGGAGCUUGCUGUAAUACCGACUGGUUUCACAAAGAAGUGCAACCACUGGACAUAAGUGUCAUUCGUUCCUUCAAGGCAAAACUGCAAAUUACGUGGGAAAACUGGAUGGUGGAAGGAGAGCAUUCCUUCAUGAAGACCCGGAGGCUAUGCCAGGCAAUGUAUACCACUGUGUGCCAGUGGAUAGUGGAAACUUGGCAUAAAGUAUCCACCAGAACUGUCAUCCGAGGGUUUGCAAAGGCUGACAUCAUUCCUGGACUAACCAGUGACGGCAUCGAGAGUACCGAAACUGAUGACUGUGAUGAUAAAGAUACGGGUUCGGGUUUGCUGGAUGCCGCCACCGCCCAACUGAUGAUUUCCAAUACGGACAACGAAGAGUUCGAAGGUUUCAUGGAAGAUGAAUAAAGCUGACUGAAAAAUAAAGCUGUUUAAAAGUUUAAUAAAAUGACGUUUUGGCGCUGCCUAUUUUCAAACAGGAAGAUUCCAACCUUCCACAAGAAAAUGAGACCAAACAUCCACCUUUCCAGUAUGUUAUGUGUGCUGCAACAUCUCCAGCAGUAAAAUUAUAUGAUGAAACUCUCACAUACUUGAAUCAAGGUCAGUCCUAUGAGAUCCGGAUGCUAGAUAAUCGGAAAGCUGGAGACAUACCAGAGAUCAAUGGAAAACUGGUGAAGAGUAUUAUAAGAGUUGUAUUCCAUGACAGAAGGUUGCAGUACACAGAGCACCAGCAGCUAGAGGGUUGGAAGUGGAACCGCCCUGGGGACAGACUGCUUGACUUAGAUAUUCCAAUGUCUGUUGGUGUCAUUGAUAUCAAGACAAAUCCAAGCCAGCUCAACGCAGUUGAAUUUUUAUGGGAUCCAACAAAAUGUACAUCUGCUUUUAUUCAGGUACAUUGUAUCAGCACUGAAUUUACCCCUCGUAAACAUGGAGGAGAGAAAGGGGUUCCUUUUAGGAUUCAGGUUGACACUUUUAAACAGACUGAAAAUGGAGAAUAUACAGAUCAUCUACAUUCAGCCAGUUGUCAAAUCAAAGUUUUUAAGCCCAAGGGAGCAGACAGAAAACAGAAAACAGACCGAGAAAAGAUGGAAAAGCGAACUGCACAUGAAAAAGAGAAGUAUCAGCCUUCAUAUGACACCACAGUUCUUACAGAGAUGAGGCUUGAGCCUAUAAUUGAAGAUGCAGUUGAACAUGAGCAGAAAAAGUCCAGCAAGCGGACUUUGCCAGCAGACUACGGUGAUUCUCUGGCAAAGCGAGGCAGUUGCUCACCAUGGCCUGAUAUUCCUACAACAUUUGUAAACAACAGUCCUACUCCUGCUUCAACUUUCACCUCCACUCAGCAUAACACCUACAGUGUCCCAGACAGCAAUUCUUCUUCCCCAAAUCAUCAAGGAGAUGGAACCUCUCAAGGGUCAGGAGAUCAGCUUCAUCCUUCAGCCACAAUCCAGGAAACUCAGCAAUGGUUGCUCAAGAAUAGGUUCUCUGCCUAUACAAGGCUUUUUUCAAAUUUCUCAGGUGCUGAUUUAUUAAAGCUAACAAGAGAAGAUCUGGUACAAAUCUGUGGUCCAGCUGACGGAAUUCGGCUGUAUAAUGCACUGAAAUCCAGGUCUGUGAGGCCCCGUUUAACAAUCUACGUGUGCCAGGAGCCCUUACGGAGCAUACAACUGGAACGCCAGGACACAGGCAGCGGAGAUAGCAAUGGCGCGAUAUUUGUUUAUCAUGCAAUCUACUUAGAGGAGAUGGCAGCCUCAGAAGUCACACGGAAGCUUGCUUUGGCAUUUAAUAUUCCUUUGCAUCAGAUCAACCAAGUUUACAGACAGGGUCCCACAGGCAUCCACAUUCUUGUUAGUGAUCAGAUGGUUCAAAACUUUCAAGAUGAGAGUUGUUUUUUAUUCACAACAAUAAAAGCUGAAAAUGGAGAAGGCUUCCAUAUAAUUCUGAAGUGACAUCAUAACUUGCUAGACUGAUAUUCCAACGCAGAAUGAAGCCCUGCCUGAAGAUUAUGAAGAUCAUCCAAAACCUUAGGAUCUAACUUCUUUGUAUAAGAUGUUUCAUAUUGAAAACAAAAUGACCUUUCUAAUGAGCUGUUUGAUAGGUGAACUUUCUUAUCACUGCAAUAACUAAGUGUCCUCGUGAGAGAUACAAUGCCAUGACAGGUUCUGUACAGGCAUGGAAGACAAUGUAAGCAAAGGUGCUUGCCCUUCACUGAAAUAAGGCAAACUAUGGCCAGUAGAUACAGUUUAUAGAAGCAAAGCAGUGCUGCUUUUCUAUUAUCUGUAUCCAGUUGGAGAUGAAUGUAAACUUAUUUUGGGGCAUUUACCUUUCUGUGCCAGUUUGUCUAUUAUGUGCUUGUACCUUUUUUAUUUUUUGAUGUUAGCAGAGCACAUGAUAAUCUAUGUGGAGAUGAGUAGUUACGGUGAUAGUGAUCAGGUUGUCAGGUCUUUGAGAGUAAAGCUGUCAAAACAGCUUCCCGUGUAAAUUGUGUAUAAGAGUGUAUGUAAGAAGUGUAAAUGCCAGAACAGGGUUUUUAAGAAGCCCCAGACAGAUGCAAUAUAUGCAUGCAGCAAACUGCAUUAUCAAUAGUACCUUACUGGAGGGAUUAAUAUAAAUCCUAUGGGGUACUAAGUAAUUGUGUUUUGCUUUAAUGAAUUUAAUGGGAAAGAAUUGCCUAUGCAUCCUUUAUGUUUAGUUUCCUAGGUUCUCUGCAGAGCACUGCUGCAGUUUAACUCUUCGCUUGUAAAAUUGUGGGUUUAAAAAUAUUGGCAGUGAGAUGUGGGGUAUUCAGUGGAAUUAUGCUGAUGACGGAACAUGACCCACUGGCACUACAGGGCUGUCAUAGCUUUCAGCAGCAUUGAAUAAAUUGCUUGAGAAACACUAAAUAACACACCCUGUAAGUCUCCUUCCCAUCAGAUGAAUGUCCUGCUGGAGCUUCUCUUGUGGACAAAUCUCUUCUUACCUUUUCAGUUGACCUUCUUGCACCCUCCAUCCAUCCACACUCUACACCUGUUACAGUGCCUCUUUCAUAUGACCAAAUAUUUACUUUUCUCUGAAACAGGCAAUGUGCUUUCUUGGUAUUUUGGAUGUGUCUUGUAAAGUCAUGGCACAGCAUUUCCUAGGCUAAUGUUAAGUUUUAAUUGGUUAGGUACUUAAAGGGGAGUAUUUCCAGAGGUAUUAGGUGACAGUUUCAGAGCUGUUAUUCUAUGCCUUUGGAAAGUUCCCACUUGAUCUCUGGCUUAAAAGUUUGGGAAUAAUUUGCUUUUUAUGCUGUGGUGUUCCAUGUAAACCAAUACAACAGCAUAUAAAAAAGCAACUUUGACUUUUUGAUUUCCCCUCUCGAAACUGGCUCAAGUGCUUAGCAGAAAUGCUUCUGAAAGCUGUAGCAUUUUGAAAAUUUAAAUUUAUCAAACCUAGGUUUUUUCCUAUUUUUGGUUGGGGUUUUUUUUUUCUGCACUGAACAUAAAACUUUAUGUACUUAAAACAUUUCUGCCUAUAAGUUGUUCAUCUUUGGGUAUUGUGUCUUUUUAGCUUACACCCUAUUCAAAUCUAAAUGUUUUAUAAAAAUCCUUGAUUGGAAAGUAUCCAAAUAUCUAAUUUUAAAGAAUAUUGAAAGUUGUACAGUAGUUUGUCCAACUCACUUGAAAUUGGAAUUAAAUUAUGGCACCAGCAAAUGGCUUUUGUUUUUUAAUAAGAUGUACACAUUUUAAGUAUAAUAAAUGUUUUUCAAUAAUUUUGUAAA